GGCUGGCGUCAAAUGCUUGAGAAGAUUUGAACGGAGGAGUGUCUGUCGCCUGUGGUCGGACGCCAAUAAUACCGCACAUUUUGCGUUCUAGACUUCAUUCAAAAACUUGUAGUUUAUCAAAGUUGGUGAAAUAGCGUGAGGAAGAUGGCGAGUCCAAAUGCCGGGAGGAAGAAUAUCAGAAAAGGCCAGAAUAUUAAGGUCUUCGUGAGAUGCAGACCUUUGAAUUCCAUAGAGAAGAACAGCAAGUCAUAUACAUGUGUUGAUUGCACCAACCGUGAAGUCACUGUGAAAGAGCGACCACUGGACAAGUUUACCAAGACUUUUUCUUUUGACAGAGUGUUUGGUCCUGAUUCCAAACAGGUAGAUGUCUAUAAAGCAGUUGCUAAGACUUCAGUCGAAGAAGUGCUUAAUGGGUUCAACUGUACAAUAUUUGCCUAUGGACAGACUGGCACAGGCAAGACUUUCACGAUGGAAGGAGAUAGAACAGCAGAUAAUACUUCUUGGGAUGAAGAUCCAUUGGCAGGAAUCAUCCCACGAUGUGUCAAUCAUCUGUUCGAUGAACUUCGUUUACAGAAGUUGGAGUUCACUAUGAGGGUAUCGUUUCUUGAAUUAUACAAUGAAGAACUCUUUGAUUUGCUCUCUCCACAAGAUGAUAUGUCUAAAUUAAGAAUGUAUGAAGAUGCAACCCGUAAAGGUUCCUGCAUCAUUCAGGGCUUGGAGGAAGUCUUAGUACGUUCUAAAGCUAAUGUUUAUGAAGUUCUUGAGAAGGGCAGUAAUAAACGUCAAACAGCAGCCACACUCAUGAAUGCACAUUCCAGUCGAUCACACACAGUCUUCACUGUAACGCUACACAUCAAAGAAAAUACAGUUGAUGGUGACGAACUGUUGAAGACUGGUAAGCUUCAUCUUGUAGAUCUUGCUGGUUCUGAAAAUAUUGGACGAUCUGGUGCUGUGGACAAACGGGCCCGUGAGGCAGGCAACAUUAACAUGUCCCUUUUGACACUUGGAAGAGUCAUCACUGCAUUAGUGGAAAAAGCCCCUCAUAUACCUUAUAGGGAGUCAAAAUUGACUAGGCUGCUCCAGGAUGCAUUAGGUGGACGUACAAAGACAUCUAUCAUUGCUACUAUAUCACCUGCUGUCAUUAACCUUGAAGAGACAUUGUCGACUUUAGAUUACGCUCAUCGGGCAAAGAACAUUCAGAAUAAGCCUGAAGUUAACCAAAAACUUAACAAGAAGGAACUCAUUGGGGAAUACUCUCAAGAAAUUGAGCGUUUACGUCUGGAUUUGAUGGCCAUGAGGGAGAAGAGUGGUGUUUAUUUAGCCAAUGAAAAUUACCAGGAGAUGAUUCAGACAAUGGAAACCCAAGCACAGGAGAUAACUGAGAAGAUAAAUUAUAUUCGAAGUCUAGAGGAAGGAAUUGAAAGUAAGACGAAUGAAUUGAGCAGUUCUAAUGCAAAGCUGGAAGAAUUGUCCGUACAGUUAGAGGAAUUGAGGAUUGUGCUGAAAGAGAAGACAGAGGUCCUGACCUGCACUCAGAAGCUUCUGCAUCAGACAGCUGUGGAAUGUGACGAGCAGAAGUACCUAGUGGCUACACAUGUCAAGACUGAGGGUAAACUCUUAAAUCAAGGGAAGGCCCUUGUAGAACUGGCUGACACCACAACAGAUCACCUUGACAAACUCCACCAGAAGCUGGAGCGUAAGAAGAAUGUAGAGAAUACAAAUCGUGAGAUCAGCAAUGACUUCUUACAGUCAUACACAACAACGGUUGACAAUAUGAAGGCUAAAAUUAACGAGAACCUUGGCCAGCAGAAGGAUACUCUUGUUAGCAUGUCAUCUGAUCUUGGUGGCUGUGUAACCCAGUGCCGAGACCAAGUGUCAGCAGUAGUAAGCCAGUGGGAGGAAGUAUGCCAAAGUCAUGUUUCACUCUUUAAUGAAGUUCGAAGUAAUUAUGAAAAAAAGGUACAGGAAUCUCUAUCAUCAACCAAGAGCUUUGCUGAAUUGACUUUGCAAGAAUGUGGGGAUCAGAAGAAGUGUCAGAAGGACUUUGAAUUAUCUAUUUUUUUGCCUUCAAUGGAGAAGAUAGCAUCCUUGAUAUCUGCCCAGGCAACCAUGGUGGCUAAUUUGCAAGGCACAGUCAAUGCAAAGUUGACUGACUUGAAUGUGAAAUUGGAAGAAUUCACCAAACAGCAUGCCCAACAAGUAACUGCCCAUGAGGAGGAGAUGAUGAAUUUACUAGACACUUUCAGUGGCAAUGCUUCAGUGUGCCAAGAAAAAUUUACUACUUUGUGUAAAUCUGUUAACUCAAAGGUUCAGGCUCUGGAAGGCAAAAGCAAGGAGAUGACAGCAUUGCUAUCAUCAACCACUGAAAUUAUUCAAGCAAUUGACAGAGAUAUGGCUGAGGGCAAAUCAGAAUUGCCAUCGGCUUUGAGUGAUUUAGAAACUAAAGCCGAAUCUGCUAAGGGCAAAGUGAGAGAUUUUGGCUGUGAGCACACAGUCUGUUAUACCAACCAUAUGUCAAACGUAACAUCACUUUUAUCUGAUAUUGGUUCAUCUCUGGAAGAUCAUAACAUAAAGAGUGAAGAGAACAUGCAGCACCUUGGUGAGGAACGAUGUGGAUUAGAGUCUGUGGUGUCCCACCAUGGCAACAAAACCACUGGGUACUUGAGCAAUUUAGUUUCAGGUGUUGAGAGUUACAAGAAUAAUGUAGAAAAGAUGGCAGAGAAGUCUAUCAAAGAUAACUCAGAUGCUGUAGAAAAAGCCAUUGGUGGUUUGGAGAAGGAUCGCAUUAAAGUUCAGAAGAUGCUUGAAUUAAGUUCUUCGAAGCUUGAAGAUGAUUUAUCAUCAUUGAUGGAGAAAUGCCAACAUCUGAUGGCUGACCUUGAGAAACAAGGAGACACUCAGGUAGAAGAGCUCACUUCACAAAGAGUCCAGGUUUUGGAAUUGUUCUCUGAUCAAAUGGUUCAAGACAUACCUACAGGUCAAACUCCAGUACGACAGGAUUACAAGUUCUCCAGGUUUCUCUCAACAACUUCACCACAUGAAAGGAUUCUCCAGCGGUAUCGUGCUAGUUCUGCAAGUACUAUGUCGAGAAUUCCUAUUCCAAGCUCACAAGGUGAUACAGAGGAUGAAAUCAGCUCCCCAUCCUUUGACACAUCAGGUCUAUCUUUGUCCGAUUCUUCUCAAGCAGACGAAGAUGUAACAGAUGUCAAAUCAUUAUCUGGUUCAGUUACUGAUGUCCGCUCGAAUUCUGGAUCUACCACUGAUCUAAGGCUACUCUCCAGUGCUUCAAAGAACAAUAAAGAGGUCUUUGCAGUGCCGACUCUUCCUGCUCCAAUGAGCCGGGAGAACUCCAUGGUUUCCCUUUCAAGGUCAUCUUCAUCUACUUCAAUUCCAGAAACCAAGGAUAACAAAGAGAAUACCUCAGUUCAGAGAGGAAGCACCAAAAAACGAGGACUUAGACAGCCACAGAACCAUAACAUAGCAGAGAAGUUAGCUGGCCAAGAAGCACAAACCCGAAAUAGAAGAGUGUUGGGGAUGCAGAAUUGAUAGUUGAGCUUUUUACUGUAAGGUUUUUCAAUAUUUUUAGUAGAUUUUGUGGAUCCAGUUUAUAUCGUUUUAUGGUUUUCCUGUUCAAUUUUUAUUUUGACUUCUAUAUUACACCAAAGAGUUUUUGUUUUGAAGUGUCAGAGAUUUCCAACUUGAGUUUGUAUGAAGUUUUAGUAAAUUUGUUUUAUUUUUUAUUCUUGCAUGAAGCAUAAAUUUGUUGGUAAAGUACAAGUAUAAUAUAGCACAUGGUUUUUUCUUCAUGUGCAUGUAUUUGGGGUAGGAUAUACUAUGUAGGGAAAACUUAAGCUAUUCAGGAAGUGGACAAGGAAAAAUGAACACUUCUAAGGCUUGUGUUGGCCAAAUUUGUAAUUAAACCAAAAUUACGAUAGUUGGGAUUCAAGUUAUUGUACUUUACUGAUUUUCUUCUACAUUCAUGAGUCUGUAAAUUCUGCUGUCUUUCUGUUGCUGAUUUACUUUUUUAUUCUGACAUGGAAAGGCUCUCUUCUCUCUCUUUUCAUACGAUAUUGUUUCUCAGGUGUAUAUAGAUAAACAAGAAAGGAAAAACUGAAAAAGCAGUGGGUUCAUUGCUAGGUACCACACUAAAAAAAAAUUAUCAGUUUUAUCCUCUCAGUUAAUAAGAAAUAUGAUCUUAACAUUCUAACGUUGGAGGAUCAGAACUGUCAUUUAUAGAAUGAAAUAAGGAUGAAAGUUUCAGCAAAGAAGCUUUCGAGUUUAGAUAGUUUUUAGUGUAACAAUCUUGUACACAUUGAAAGUUCUCGUAUGCUUAUUGUUGCAACUUUUCACAUGUAAAUAAUGAAGGAUUGUGCUGAAAGGACUGAAUUCUGGCUUGGAUUGCAGUUGUUUAUCAUGUUGAGGAUAUUCUAAUUACAAUGGGAUAUUGGAAUUGUCAUCCAUUAUCAGUUAAGCAUGGGAUCUGAAGUAAAUUUCGCCCCUGAGGGGUGCUCUGAACAUAAUGCAGUUUAAUGCCUAAUUACAUAUAAAUGUUUUUUGUGUGCCUUUGGCAUUCCUUGUGUAACAAGUUAUUUUAUGUAUGCGACUAAAAUGAGAGUUUGUGUUUAAAGAUUAUAUUUAUGUGCUCUAAAGCACUUGUCAUUUUAAGGUAGUAUAUGUAACGUGUGAAUGAUGGUAUUUUGACAUUCUGUGGCUAAUCUUUUGCCUGAUAUAUUUUUAUGCUCUAAUGUAUCUUCAAAGUACUGUCUUUUCUUAAGAAAUUACAAAGUCUCUUAACAUUCUGUUGAAAAGAUAUGUAUUGCCUUUAGCAAUAUUUGAAUUUGAGGGCCAUAUCCCUGUUAGCAUUAAUGAUAAUUAUCCAUUAAGUUACUAUCUGUGCUGUAUGUUUAUAGAGGAAUCCACGUUGUACAGUUGAGGUUGGUUCUGAUGCCAACAUUUUUGGAAAUAAAGACCUAAGAAAGGUUUUUCAUAAAUGCCUGAUCAUGCAUAUGAUUUAUACCUGUAUUUUUAUCAUAAAAACCAACUUUUUAAGAAAUAAAUUUAUUUGAUUUAACAGUACUCCAGAGAUAAGAUAUUUUAGGAUUGUAUAAAGUAUAAAUAUACAUACAAUAAAGUUCUCUUUGUUC